AUGGACCAUUCCACCCUGGUCUUCGCGUCCGUCUUUCCAGUCCUCUCCUUCUCGCACAGCACACCGACGCCGAUUGCGACACCAGAUUUGGGGCAUACAGCGCCUGGGACCUCGUUCGGUAGCCCGUACGCUCUGAGGAACACCGAGAGCCGAACACCAGCGCAAGCACAUGGGCAGGGACAGCACAGGGCAGUGAGGCGCAACAUAGCAUGGAGUUGCGCGACGCGAUUCCUGAGUUUGCCAAAAGACGUCAAAUUUGCAGCUAGAACACAGAAGAACAGGGAGGUUGAGGAAGCCCUAGGCUUUCUCUUGAACGGAGAAGGCAAGAGCGACGAUGAGAAGGAGGAGACCCUGGUUGAGUGGUACACAAACGAGUGCAGGCUGCACUUUGCAAACCAUGUCCGACCCGGCCUAGAAGAGUUGUGGGGGGAUGAAGUUGAGCUCCAGCGAGCCUGGGAGAUCCUGGACGAAACGCAGCGUAUCCUCGAGCAAGUGCAGAACGUAUACCUCCAGCCCUUCACCGAUCACCUGCUGCCUCUCAUACAGCAGAACGCUAGUAAUUCCACCCUUCGACCGAGCAGACCUACACAGAUCGCCGACUCAGAUACUGCGAGUGCAGCGAAUUGGAAGUUUCGCCGAGAUAUACAGGCUGUCUUUGCGCAUUGUCUACCGCUACAGCGGUAUGGAAAGACGCUUAGCUACGUCUUAUACGACGCUGGAUGUCGCUUGUUCCGCAUUUAUACCCGACACGAUGGCAUGCAGCCGAGUGCUUCACCCGAGAAGACGCAGGAGUGCAGAAAGCGAAUGAUCACCUUGCUACAAAGCCUAGAGCGCGUUGGACUCGGUGGUGACAGUGCGCAGGAGGCCUUCGCACACGCCAUGAACAAGCUGCUCGACUCUUUCAUCACAAGCCACUACUUGAAGGUAGACUGGUAUUCCAAGAAGUCAGUUGUGCCGCAGUUGAGACUGUGGAUCCAGGAUGGCUUCUGUCCACUCGUCGAAUUGGUACUAGAAUGUCUGCGGUGCGAGCAGAGUAGCAUUCUGCCGACCGAAUUGGCCUCGUGGCAAGAGAUGGCUCUAGCUAGGCUUGGUCGGGCGAGAGUCGACAACUUGUUCGAUUUUGUCAUACACUGGGAUAAAAGUGUGGGCGCCAUCCUGGACAUCAAAGAGUAUCUGCGGGUUUCAAACGCGAAGCAACAUCUCACCUCGAGCUUUUCUCAGCAAAUAGCGAGACGCCUGUUACAUCCUGGAGCUACAACGACCUAUAUACUGAACGUCUACAUCUCUAUCAUUCGCUCAUUUCACGAGCUCGAACCUAAAGGAGUGCUGCUCGAGCGCGUCGCUAGACCUAUCAGGCGGUAUCUCAAGGAGCGAGAGGACACAGCACGCAUCAUAAUAUCAAGUCUGCUGACUGACCUGACCGACGAAACUGGCAGUAAAUUUUCAUCUAACAGCGAGCUCUCAUACGAGAUUGCCAGCGAGAUGGGAAAGCCGUUUGCAAACUACGGGCAAGAUACUGAUGAAGAACUCAACUGGAACGAUAUGAAUUGGCAGCCCCUACCGCAAGACGCAUCGCCAGACUACAAAAAGUCGAAAGUUGAGGACGUAAUAUGGUUCUUGUUAACACUCUGGGAACGAGAGGACUUUAUCAACGAGCUGAAGAACAUAUAUGGAGAUCACUUGCUUAGAUGUCAAGAUCCAGAGUAUGAGAAAGAGAUUCGACUGUUGGAGCUCAUCAAAGUCCGCUUGGGUGACGACAAGCUACAAGCUUGCGAGGUCAUGUUGCGAGAUGUCUUGGAAUCGAAGCGUAUCAACGGCACUAUCCGCACAACGAUCAGCGUACCAGCAGCGACAUCACUUGUUACGCCAGACCACCGUAGCAGAGAACCUCAGACACCAGACGGCCGACAGCCACGCACACCACAACCUCGCAGACCUGGGCGUUCAACUCGAAAUAUCACUCCUGCAUCCAACGCUGCAGCACCUACUGGUCCAACGCUCAACGCGCAGAUCCUGUCAUCGUUCUUCUGGCCACAGCUUCGCGACGACACUUUCCGCGUACCCGCACAGAUCGAUGCGUUGCAAAAGGAGUACGAGUCGCGGUUCGAGCGUAUCAAAGGCAUGCGUAAAUUGCGAUGGAUGAAUGCCUUGGGCGAUGGCUCUAUAACCCUCACCUUUGAUGACCGCACAGAGGACUUCGACCACCUCACACCCUGGCAAGUCAGUGUGAUCUACGCCUUCCAACCUCAACCCGAUGAGGAAGCAAAACACUCAGACAAGGGCGGCGAAGGUAUCACACGCACUGUAUCUCAGCUAGAAGAUAUGCUAGAAAUGGAUGAGAGUCUCGUCACCCAAGCCCUCGCUUUCUGGGUUGGAAAGUCUGUACUCCGCUUCCACGCGCCAUCUACCUACUCUAUCAUCGAGUCUCUCCCCAAACCGACGUCUAAAACUGGUGCUCACGAUGCCGAUGCAGCGGCUGCAGCAGAAGAACUAGCUACCAUCCAAGCCAACGCCACCAACAACACUGUCAAGUCUCAGAGUGAGAUGCUGUAUGAGAAGAAGGAUGUCUACACGGCUUUCAUACUGGGCAUGAUGGCAAAUCAGGGUAACAUGAAUGCGGGCCGCAUCACCAUGAUGAUGCGUAUGAUGGUUCAGGGAGGAUUCCCAUUCGGAGCCGAAGAAGUGAAGCAGCUAUUAGGCGAUUUGGAAGCAGAUGGCAAGGUCGUGGCAAUGGGCGGAGAUGUCUGGGGUAUCAGGAAAUAG